AUGUCUUACACAUCUGAACAACUUAGUAAAGCCAAAGCUUUAUUCCCUCCCCUGCCACUAAGUGCGCAGCUCCUCGUCAAGACGUCUUCAACCAAGCGUCGCAAAGUUUCCCCGGAGGCCAGCCCAGGAGAGGCACGACGUCACGGCCGAUCUCAACCCUCGUCUAAUUCGCCACGUCAAGCGUCUCGAUCAACUUCCCGAAGCCAACGCUCGUCCUUGUCUCCUCGUCCUUACGUUCCGGCACAUCUCCAAACACAAACCCGUGGGCCUCAAUCUCCCUCUGGUGGCCGCUCGCCCACACCCGCGACCGCCACCGCCGACUUGAGCCUCUCCUCCAACGAUUCCGAUAUGCAAUCCGAUCCCUGUGACGGCAUCACCAACGGCGAUGGCCGCGAGCCCUCACCUGGCGAGAAGCGUCCUGCCUCCGAGAUCGAAGACUCCGAUCUCGAUGGCGGCGUGAGCACCGUCGGCAAGGGCGCCUCAAACCUGAUCGACGAACAGGUGGCUCAGGUCUUCCAGCUGAUGGAAAAGCCGCUGGUGAAUGGCCAAAAAGGUUUUUUGAUCACUUCCACAUGGCUGCGGAAGGUUCUUGCACGGAGCUCCACCCACGCCGACAGGGCAGACAAGGACUCCCUGGAUAGCGAACUGGGCCCGGUCGACAACACCGACAUUGUCCUAGAUAUCGGCCCCAAAGAUGAUCUGAAAGACGAACAAGGCGAUGUGUUUGUGCCGCUGCGACCGGGUUUACAACUUGGCGAAGAUUACGAGAUUGCCCCGCAGGAGGCCUGGGACCUGAUCGUGAAGUGGUACGGCGUCGCUGAUGGCACGCCCGUCAUCACUCGCUUUGCUCACGAUACUAACCCCCAUGGUCAAGCAAACAUCAUUUACGAACUAAACCCUCCAAUUCUCACUAUCUUCAAAUUGCCAAACCCGACUGCGGGCAUGACCCCUCAGACCCUGAAGGAGAAGAAUCUUCCCCCAGCUAAAUUGUUGACGGGUCGUCAAACACCUUACAUGGUGUGGCUGAAGCAGGCCAAGCAGCUGGCUGGGAUUGAUAUUGCGACCAAGGUACGGGUGUGGAAAAUCACCGGUGGUAUCCCCAGCGCCAAUGCAUCGGCUUCGAACACUCCCGGCCCCUCCCGUACCGCAUCACCCGCACCGCCUGCAGGCUUGAUUGCCUCUGCACACAAGAAUCUUGUCGUUGACCUCAACACAUUUUUGUCCAUUCCUGACACACAGCGGGAGUUGGUGGUCCAGGGCAGGGACCAAACUAACAACCCGAACUACAAUGGUCGCGCGUCAGUAACCACGGUCGAGCUUCUCCCGACCGACACUGUAGUUCUUGAGGAGCAGGUUGGCAAGGAUGAAUGGGUGUCAGAAGUUUCAGCAAAGACUCUGAAGCGCUUGGGAAUUCCUACCGAACAGCCGAAGAAAGAAGUGACUUCUGUCAUUUCGUCUGUUAAGAGUCCCGCGACCAGCGGUCGAUCAACUCCAGCUCCAGAUCUCCCACACGGCAGGAAGCCCAAAGGCCACCAGUUGGGUCGCACUGGUUUUACCAAUUUAGGAAACACUUGCUACAUGAAUGCUGCGACGCAAUGUAUCCGAGCAGUAGAGGAAUUGAGUGUUUACUUCCUGAAACAAGCGCACAAAAAAGAACUGAACACCGACAACCCCUUGGGAUACCACGGCGAGCUUGCCAGGGCAUAUGCCGGACUGGUGAAUGAAGUUUACUCGAAACCCUCUCCUUGUAUCACCCCCCGUCGCUUUCGCAGCCAGGUUGGUCGCAACAACCCCAUGAUGGCGGGCUGGGAUCAACAUGACAGCCAAGAGUUCCUGAUGUUCGCUCUGGAUGGACUGUCCGAGGAUCUCAACCGGGUUCUUCGAAAGCCAUACAUCGAGAAGCCCGAUUCUACGGAUGAGAUGGUUAAUAACCGUGAGGCCUUGGAAGAGUUCGCGAAAAAAUCAUGGGAGAUUUACAAGGCUCGGAAUGACUCCGUGAUCACGGAUUUGUUUGCAGGCAUGUACAAAUCUACCCUGGUUUGCCCCGACUGUGGUAAAGUUAGCAUCAUGUUCGACCCGUUCAGCAGUUUGACUCUACCCAUCCCCGAUCAACGCAACAUCAUUUGCCGCGAUAUCAUAUUCCAGUCUCUAAAUUCGCCCCCGGUGCGGUUUACUGUUGAAGUCGACAACACCGGAACAGUCAAAGACCUGAAUGAAGCCGUCUCCAAGCGGACGAACAUUCCCACCGACAGACUGAUUGGCGCUGAACUCAACAAUGGCGGAUUCUGGCAGAUUUUCAACAAAGAACUCAAAUCCUAUCAUGAACUUAGCCUGAAGCCCGAUGACGCAGUUGUAUUUAUCGAGCUGGAGACUCCUGCUUCAAAAGACCGCAUCCUCGUGCCCGUGUUCCAUCGCAAGGGUGUGCCAAUGAAGGGCAACAAGAACCGACUCCGGCAUGACCAGUUUGCUUGCCCGACCAUUCUUUCAUUCUCUAAAGAUGAGGUUCGAGACCUGAGCACAAUUUACCGCAAGAUUCUUUCCCAUGUUUCUACAAUGACGACCCGCGAAAAUCUAGGCAAGCAGAACCCAUCAACCCGUGAGCAAUCCCAACCCGUUCAGGAUGACCAGGGCGCCGAGGAUUCGGAUACUGUGGUGAUGAAUGAAGAUGACGCCGAGUCUGUGGACUCAAAAAUCAAGACCGCGUCGGUUGAAGGAGAUGACAGUAUAGUCGAUGUUUCGAUGCAAGACGUCUCGCCGACCGCCAGCACAUCCACUGGGGACACAGAACUUACUGAAGAUACUUCUGCUGAUGCUGACGUAUCCGAUCAACUUUUGGGUCUUUUUGAUGUCAAGUACAUGGCCACCAAUGAGCCCAUCCCGCGCGGACGCCAGAUGGAUGCUUUCAAAGACUGGCCCUCGAUCGCUUCUCGUUUAUCUGCCAUCUCUCAGCAGGGCUCGGAUAACAGCUCUAUCGAUGAGAACAGCGAUGCUCGCAGCGAGUCUGAGAAGUCUGUGAAGCUGGACAACCCACUGCAGGACGAGCCGCUUAUUUGCUCUGGAGAGGCCAUCAUUCUCGAGUGGAAUGAUAAAGCUCGCCACCUUCUCUUUGGCGGUAACAACAACAAGCGGGACACAGACCAAGGGAAGCCGACAUAUGAGAACCCCAAAUACAUUAAUGAUCCCGAAAUCGCUCAUCGCCGUGCCAAGCGUGAGGCUAAGCGCCAGGAGGGAAUUCCGCUAGAGGAGUGUCUGAAUGAGUUCAGCAAGGCGGAGGUUCUUUCAAAGGAUGAUGCCUGGUACUGUCCUCGCUGCAAGGAACAUCGUCAGGCCAGCAAGCAGUUCCAGUUGUGGUAUGCUCCUGACAUUCUUGUCAUUCAUCUAAAGCGUUUUAUGCAGCUCGGGACGGCCAAUCGGACAUCUCGAUCGAAGCUCAGCACCUUGGUUCACUUCCCUAUUGAGGACUUGGAUCUGUCCAAGCAUGUAACGGGGCCAGCUGCUGGAAAGACGUUCGAGUAUGAUCUCUUCGCCGUUGACUGUCACUCUGGCACCAUGUCUGGUGGACAUUACUACGCCUAUGCCAAGAACUGGGUGACCGGGGACUGGGUUUCCUUCAAUGGUUUGUCUACCUCAUUCGCUGAUCUUUUCAUCUUAUAUACUGACCAAGUCAAUUUAGACUCCUCCGCUACUCUUAUCUCCCGUCCGGAAGACACCGUUGUUUGCCCAGCGGCGUAUCUCCUCUUCUACCGCCGCAAGUCUGCCGGUCCCCUGGGUGGGCCUGAGCUCCAGAAACUCGUGACCGCCUACCGCGAUGGUACCGAGAAGCCCAUUGAGGUUGAGAUGAAGGAGCCAGAACCGCAGGUGUCCGAGCGGGAGUCAUCGGAAGAGCCCGAGCCCAACCCAAUGAGCCUCUUCCAAGGGCCUUCCUGGUCAUUCCAGCAUGACGGCUCUGAUGAUAAUGACAGCACUGUCGCCGUCGAGGACGGGAAUUCUGAACCCGAAGAUCGUCUCCAGGAGCUUGACAAUGAAGGCUCCCUGUUUGAGGACGUCCCAGCCCAACAUGACGAUGAUUCCGAUGACGAGCUGCCAGUUGUUGAGCUCCGCGUCGGCGAAGACGAGAAGUAA